GCACGGCGGGACGGCCGCGGGACCAACGAGACGGCGCUAUCCAAACCGUCCCCCCUCCCCCCCCUCCCCUUCGCGGUGGUGGUGGGGGGGGGGGGUUUACGUCCAUUUUACGACACCUCGGCGGACCGGGCGGCGGGGCGCGCUUGGCGGCUGGGGGGGGGGGGCGCCGUCAGGAUGAGGCUGAGCACGCAGGCCUACUGCAAGAUGGUGCUGCACGGCGCCAAGUACCCGCACUGCGCCGUCAACGGGCUCCUCGUGGCCGAGAGGCCUCCCCCCGCCGCCUCCCGGCCCGGCAGGGAGCAGGCCGCCGCCCCGGCGCUCUUCGUCGACUGCGUGCCCCUCUUCCACGGCACCCUGGCGCUGGCGCCCAUGCUGGAGGUGGCCCUCAGCCUGAUUGACUCGUGGUGCAAAGAGAACAGCUACGUGAUAGCUGGGUAUUACCAGGCCAACGAACGCGUGAAAGACGCCAGUCCAAACCAGGUUGCUGAAAAGGUGGCCUCCAGAAUUGCAGAGGGCUUUAACGACACGGCGCUCAUAAUGGUUGAUAACACCAAGUUCACGAUGGAGUGCGUAGAACCUGCCAUUCAUGUGUACGAGCUCCAUGAGAACAAGUGGAGGUGCAAGGACCCACACGUUGAUUUCUGUGAAGAUUGGAACGAAGCCCAGAGAAUCGCUGCGUCUCUCUUGGACAGCAAGUCCUACGAAACACUUGUAGAUUUUGAUAAUCACCUGGAUGACAUCCGGAAUGACUGGACAAAUCCAGAGAUCAACAAAGCUGUCCUCCACCUGUGUUAGAGGGAUUCCUACUGACUAACUUACGGGCAUUCCCACUAUGUACUGAAGACGUAAAAAUGAUAUUUUUGAAUGUAAAUAGAGUAAUAUUCAGUACCUUGUGUGGAAAGCUGGCUGAUUAAAAGAGUGGCGCGUCACGUUGCCAAGGGUGACGUGUCCGUAAGCUGUUGAAUCCUUUUCAUGGGAUUCAUUAGAAGAGCUGCACGCCGUCAGUUACAGCUGUCCCUGUGGGUGCCUUCCCCGUUGUAGUGAAUGUUGCUGUUCCUUCAAAACCAGAACUACUUCUGCUUAUCUCCCUGGUUCAUAUUAAAAGUUUUGACUAAG